AUGCCUGGCACAACCACUACGACCGAGUUGACCUCGCAAGUCCAUGAAGUCCACCAACUCCAUAUUGACGGGCUCUCUCAAAAGCACAUACCCACCGACGUGCAAGCAUCUCUCCCAGACGAAUUCUACCAUUCUCCUGCCAUCUUUCAAUUAGAGAAGCGUGCCAUCUUCUCGAGACAGUGGUUUCUGGUCUCCCACAAGGCCCGGUAUGCCAAUGUCGGUGACUACGUCCAGUAUGACAUGGCAGGGUUCAAUUUUGUCAUUGUCAAGACAAAGGAUGGUUCUAUCGUUGGGUUUCAUAAUAUAUGCAGACACCGUGCUUUUCCUAUUGUGAGAGAGAGUUCAGGAAACGCCAGGAUCUUCUCGUGCAAAUAUCAUGGUUGGUCCUAUGAUCUAACUGGAAAAUUGGCAAAGGCCCCUCGAUUCACUCCAGACUCGACCCCUUUCUUUGAUCCGUCGACUAUCCGUCUGUUUCCUGUCCAUGUUCACAUCGACCGGAACGGCUUUGUGUAUGCCAAUCUCGAUGCAAACCCCGUGCCUGACGUCUCGUGGGAGCACCAGUAUGGUCAUUUAGAUCAACAGAAUGUGUUGAAACAUUCUGGCGUUGAUUGGGAUGCCGUCGAGUACGACUUCACCUGGACCAAGGAGGGCAAUUUCAAUUGGAAGCUCAUGCAGGACAAUUAUAACGAGUGCUAUCAUUGCUUGACCGCUCAUCCAGACGUGGCCAAAAGCACCGUGCUCGACACAUACUAUGUCAACCCUGCAACAUCGCACACAUACAUCUCACACUUUAGCGAGCCUAAAGCAUCGGUCCUGGCCAAUUCGCCUUUCGACUCCACUCGGUUCGCUGGUCGAUCAGCCACCCAUGUGUUUCCUACAGGUCAUUUCUCUCCCAACCCAGGAACGGGAUUCAUGCAUCUGAUGCGGAGCAUUCCCACCUCGCCGACCACCACCCGCCAGGAGUAUGACGUUUACAGGCUCAAAACUCCAAAUGCAACACCUGAAGCGCAUGCUCGCAUGACCAAAUUUUAUCAGAAGGUCGUAGAUGAGGAUUUUGCUCUGUGUGAAAAUGUCCAGCGAAACAUUGCUCGCGGAAUCUUCGAAUCUGGUCCACUUCACCCGUUCCACGAGGAAGGAGUCUUUGCCUUUCAGCAGAUGGUGUUGCGGACCUUGAGGGAUCAUGUGCAAAGGGAAGAGAAGGCUGGGGUGCAGUUACAGGCUGCCCGGCCGGCCAGUGGUUUGGAGUCGAUGGGAGCUCGACGAGCAGGGAUGCCUGUUGGGGGAGCAAGCCAACAGGCAUCGAGAGAAAGAAGUCUCUGUGAGGUCAUGCUUGGAUGUGACAAAAGCAAUCUCAAAGGUCUGGAUUGGUAG